AACAGAGCAAAUGAUAAAUGCUUAAUGAAUACUUUUUCAUUCCUUCUGAAUUACACCUCAAAAGAACAUUAGAGGUGAUCUGAAUGAACUAUUUUAUUUACAAUUUAAAAAAUUAAGCAUCAGGAAUUUCAAGGUUGAAGAGAUCAAAAGUAAAAGCUGGAAUUCAAGCUUAUAUGAGCUUUUCCUUUCCCUCCAUUCCUGCCACCUGUCUGCACUGUUGUUCAUCUUUGAUUCACUCCAGACAUCUUUGAGGUUAUUCCAGUUAAUGAUGAUCUCUAUGAAGCACUGACAGAAAAGUAAGUAGGAAAAGAAUUUACACAUCACAAGUUUUCUCAUUCUAUAUCCAUAAAGAUUAUACUUACAUGGAAUAAAUCCAUUGUUUUAUAAAAUGGACAGACUGUCUACUUCAGAAAUUAAAACUUUUGAAAUUUCAUUAGCUACUUGAACAAUCAAUUCUGAGAUAUCACUUUUUAUGAGAAAAAUAAGACAUUUGAAUAUUACGCCCUUAUUAUGAUGAAUAGUCAUAGUGUUGACCUUAGUAAGAGGAGAUUGUGUGCACCAUAUUGUGAUUUGCAGGGUGUUUGAAAAACCCCAUUAUUAAAACAUCCCUGGGGUGCCCACUAACAAACAUUUAAGAAUGGAAGACAUGUCCAUCCUCCAACAAAAUUCCUUAUAUAUGAGCGAAACAUCCCUGAAAGGGGUAAAACCUUAAUACAAGAAUUGCAAAGGGCAUGUUUUUUGUAAAGCUUCCACAGGUUCACAAUAAUGUGAAAAUGAUCCAUGACAGUUCUUAGUCAAUUGAAGAGAAACACAAACUGCUUACAAAUUUUCUGUCUAAAAGAACUUAUGGGGGAGAGAGAUAGACAAAAUCUUUUGCCAAAGCAAAAGAUAUUGAUUUGAAAGUGAUAUAGAAAUAAGCAAUUUACACUGGAAGGGACCCUAGAAAAGAGUAGAAUACAAUGUCAUCAUUCAAUCAGUAAGAGAAACUGUUGAUCAUUCCACAGGAAUUGUUUAAGGAGGGGAUCAAUGUAAUACUGGAAAUGGGAAUUCUCAAGUAGAAAAAUUUCUCACCAAAUGCCAUUGAUCUCCUCCUUUACUCUACAUCCUCCUCCCCACACCCAAACUCUCCCUCUCUAUUUUGUGUGCAGAUUUAUCAGAAUUCAAAAGACAGGGAUGAGAAAUCACACAGCAAUAACAGCAUUCAUCUUGCGGGGACUGACCGAUGACCCACAACUGCAGGUUUUGCUUUUUAUCUUUCUGUUUCUCAACUACUUCUUGAGUCUAACUGGGAACCUGACCAUCAUCACCCUCACAUUGGUGGAUCCCCACCUGAAAACUCCCAUGUAUUUUUUCCUCCGAAACUUUUCCUUCUUAGAAGUCUCACUCACAACUUCCUGUAUUCCUAGAUACCUCUAUAGCCUGUCAACUGGAGAUAAAAUGAUUUCUUAUAAUGCCUGUUUCACACAAGUAUUUUUUGUCAUCUUUCUUGGGGCAGCAGAGUUCUUCCUUCUGGCCACCAUGUCCUAUGAUCGCUAUGUGGCCAUCUGUAAACCUCUCCAUUACACAACUAUUAUGAACAGCAAAGUCUCUAACCAGCUCUUGCUGAGUUCUUGGCUGGCUGGAUUGAUGAUAAUCCUCCCACCUCUUGGCAUGGGUCUUGAGUUGGAAUUUUGUGACCCCAUUAUUGACCAUUUUUCCUGUGAUGCAUUCCCUAUGCUAAAAAUUUCAUGCACAGACACACAGUUGAUAGAGGGGGUGGUUUUAAUCGAUGCAAUAUUGACGCUCAUCAUCACCUUAUUCUUAGUGGUUCUCUCCUAUGCCUCCAUUCUCAGGACUAUUCUAAGAUUUCCCUCUGCUCAGCAAAGGAAAAAGGCCUUUUCCACGUGUUCCUCCCAUAUUAUUGUUGUCUCCAUCUCUUAUGGCAGUUGUAUUUUCAUGUAUGUCAAAUCUUCUGGAAAUGAACAAGUUGAUUUGAACAAGGUAGUUUCAGUUCUAAUGGGCUCUGUUGCCCCUGUGAUGAACCCCUUUAUUUAUGCCUUAAGGAACAAACAAGUCAUACAAGCCUUUAAGAACUCAAUUAAAAAGAUUACAAUUUUCACAAACAAAUAA